ACACACACAUACACACGCGCGCGCACAGAGACCCAACAGAGCGCACAGCGAGCCGGAGGGAGGAAGCAACAUUCGCCGGCAGCCGAUGUGAAGACCGGACUCCGUGCGCUCCUCGCCGCCUCUGCCCCGGCCACAUCGAUGUUGUGUCCGCCGCCCGCUCGCCCGGAUCACGAUGAACGCACAGCUGACCAUGGAGGCGAUCGGCGAGCUGCACGGGGUGAGCCAUGAGCCGGUGCCCGCCCCGGCCGACCUGCUGGGCGGCAGCCCCCACGCGCGCAGCUCCGUGGCACACCGCGGCAGCCACCUGCCCCCCGCUCACCCGCGCUCCAUGGGCAUGGCGUCCCUGCUGGACGGCGGCGGAGGCGGCGGUGGCGGCGGCGACUACCACCACCACCACCGGGCCCCCGAGCACAGCCUGGCCGGCCCCCUGCACCCCACCAUGACCAUGGCCUGCGAGACUCCCCCAGGUAUGAGCAUGCCCACCACCUACACCACCUUAACACCUCUGCAGCCGCUGCCGCCCAUCUCCACCGUGUCGGACAAGUUCCCCCACCAUCACCACCACCACCACCAUCACCACCACCACCCGCACCACCACCAGCGCCUAGCAGGCAACGUGAGCGGUAGCUUCACGCUCAUGCGGGACGAGCGGGGGCUGGCCUCCAUGAAUAACCUCUACACCCCCUACCACAAGGACGUGGCCAGCAUGGGCCAGAGCCUCUCGCCCCUCUCCGGCUCCGGUCUGGGCGGCAUCCACAACUCCCAGCAAGGGCUCCCCCACUACGCCCACCCUGGCGCUGCCAUGCCCGCCGACAAGAUGCUCACCCCCAACGGUUUCGAAGCCCACCACCCGGCCAUGCUCGGUCGCCACGGGGAGCAACACCUCACACCCACCUCGGCCGGCAUGGUGCCCAUCAACGGCCUUCCUCCGCACCACCCCCACGCCCACCUGAACGCCCAGAGCCACGGGCAGCUCCUGGGCACGGCCCGGGAGCCCAACCCUUCGGUGACUGGCGCGCAGGUCAGCAAUGGAAAUAAUUCAGGGCAGAUGGAAGAGAUCAAUACCAAAGAGGUGGCGCAGCGUAUCACCACCGAGCUCAAGCGCUACAGCAUCCCACAGGCCAUCUUCGCGCAGAGGGUGCUCUGCCGCUCCCAGGGGACCCUCUCGGACCUGCUGCGCAACCCCAAACCCUGGAGCAAACUCAAGUCCGGCCGGGAGACCUUCCGGAGGAUGUGGAAAUGGCUGCAGGAGCCGGAGUUCCAGCGCAUGUCUGCACUCCGCCUAGCAGCCUGCAAAAGGAAAGAGCAAGAACACGGAAAGGACAGAGGCAACACCCCCAAGAAGCCCAGGUUGGUCUUCACAGAUGUCCAGCGUCGAACUCUCCACGCAAUAUUCAAGGAAAACAAGCGUCCAUCCAAAGAACUGCAGAUCACCAUUUCCCAGCAGCUGGGGUUGGAGCUGAGCACCGUGAGCAACUUCUUCAUGAAUGCGAGGAGGAGGAGUCUGGACAAGUGGCAGGACGAGGGCAGCUCUAAUUCAGGCAACUCAUCUUCUUCAUCAAGCACUUGUACCAAAGCAUGAAGGAAGAACCACAAACUAAAACCUCGGUGGAAAAGCUUUAA